AGGAACAUCCGCGGUGACGUCACGGCAGGAUGGGGCGGGCACAGUGAACUGGCGCCGGGAGAUUCGAUCCCUGACCGCCUUAAAAUUCACGCUCGUACAUGAACUGGCAGUAAGCUGUAGACCCGCCACAGCCAGGCGUGUGUUGUGACUGUUUUAGGAGUCAUGUUUUUACCUUCUGUUGAUUUCCAGAGCGGGACCAGCGGCCAUUAGACCUUCUCUUCCACACAGGUAGAUGGAGGCCAUGGAGGUGGACUCCCCAGUGGAGAUGCGGGGAAGAGGCAGCCGACAGCCAGCGGUUGCUGCCUCAGCUGAGGACACUAAUGCCCCACAUGUGAUCUCAGACUCCAGCAGCAGCACUGAGGUAGACGAGGAUGAUGAGGAUGACAAUGAUGGAGGACAGAUGGCAGCUCGCGUACCGCCCAGGCUUCCUGCCACAUGGGCAUUCAGUCAGAGAGCAGUUGGCAGCUCUGCAGCCACACCUUCAGCUGCUCAGCCCAUACGGAGGAGGCUCAGGCAGGGCCUCAGAGUGCACUACCCCAGCCAGACUGCAGCGCCUUCCAGAGGCUUUCCAGACUUUCUGCUCCGAGCACCAGCUGCCAGUGUGGCUGAACCGGAGUCCGGCAGCACCACUGAGGUGAGUGAGUCUGAUGAAGAGGAGGGGGCUGAAGAAGGCCCACCUGCUGCUGUGGAGCCAAUCAACCCUGUGCUGCCGGCGAGUCCUCGCCUCAAUGUCUCCAACCAACACACAGAACCACAGGAAGCUGGUCCAACCAACUCCAGUUCGGCUGCAGACGGUGAGAGGACCGAAGCACAAAAUCAAGUCAUCCAGCCGGUCCCUGUGGCCUCAGCUUCCGUCCAGCUAGCACAAAGCGAGGAGGGAGAGGGCGACAACUGCACCAUCUGCUUCGAGGCAUGGACGACAGCGGGCGAGCACAGAUUGUCCGCUCUUCGCUGCGGACACCUCUUCGGCUUCAUGUGCAUCCAGCGCUGGUUGAAAGCUCAGGGACCAGAUGCUAAAUGUCCACAGUGCAACAAGAAAGCGAAGCAGUCAGACAUCGUGCGGCUGUACGCUCCAAAGCUGAGAGCUCUGGACAACUCUGAGCAGGAAAGCUUAAAGAAGUCUCUGGAGCAGGAGCAGUCUCUGAGGAGGAAGGCUGAACUGGAAUCAGCUCAAUACAAACUGACACUGCAGGUGGUCACCAACAAAUAUGGACAAGCACAACAGGAGCUGCAGGAGCUGAGGGCUCUGAUGGCUCAGGCUGGUAGAAACUCAUUUCCCUCCUCCUCGUCCUCCUCCUCAGCAUCGACCUCGCUCGUCCUCGGUCUUUCUCAUAGGGCAGACGGCUCCAGGACAGCACAGUACAGUUUUUCCAAGGCGGUGCUGGUGUCCCAGACCGGAGGCUCCAGGGUUUUAUCCUACUGUGAACCUCUCAGCUGCCUGUUGGCAUCGCAGCCUUCACCUCACUCCACACUGGUGCCUGGUUGUGGGGUGAAGAAGGUGAGCGUCGUCAACAUGAAGGCGAGUCAGUACGUUCCCAUCCACAGUAAACAGAUCCGAGGUCUGUCCUUCAACAGACAGAACGACAGUCUGCUGCUAUCUGCUGCUCUGGACAACACCAUCAAACUGACCAGUCUGCUGACCAACACGGUGGUUCAGACCUAUAAUGCAGGUAAACCUGUGUGGAGCUGCUGCUGGUGUUUGGACAACAGCAACUACGUCUAUGCAGGACUGAGCAACGGCUCCGUGCUCGUCUACGACACCAGAGACACCAGCACACACGUCCAGGAGCUGCAGCCGCUACGCUCCAGGUGUCCAGUGGCGUCUCUGUGCUACGUCCCACGGGCAGCAUCCAGCUCGUUUCCCUGUGGUGGGCUGAUCGCCGGCUCUCUGGAGGGCGGGUGUUUCUGGGAGCAGGUCAGCGAGACCACGUACAGACCGCAUGUCCUGCCGCUGGAGACGGCCGGCUGCACUGACAUCCAAGUGGAAACGGAGAGCCGACACUGUCUGGUCACCUACAGGCCAGGACGUUCCAACCCGUCUCUGCGCUGCGUCCUCAUGGCUCUGAACAGGACGCCUCAGCAGGACUCGAGUCAGCUGCCCAGCUGCUCCUGCUCUCCGGUGCAGACGUUCAGCGCCGGAUCAUCCUGCAAGCUGCUCACCAAGAACGCCGUGUUCCGGAGUCCAGAUGGAGGCGGGACGCUUGUCUGCGCCGGGGACGAAGCCUCCAACUCGACCAUGGUGUGGGAUGCAGGCAGUGGCUCUCUGCUGCAGAAGCUUCCGGCCGACCUCCCGGUGUUGGACAUCAGUCCAUUUGCAGUGAACGGCGAGCACUUCCUGGCCUCUCUCACCGAGAAGAUGCUGAAGCUCUACAAGUGGGAGUGAUCGAGAAGGACUGAAACUAAAGAAAUACAAAAAACAGAUACAGUCCCGGAGAACAACUGUGUGGAAACUCAAAUGCUGCUGAACCUUUAUCUGUAUGUUUAGACACGCAAAAAAACCUGAUUACUGGGAGUGUUCGACCUGAGGACACCAUAUUUAAUUUUAUCUUUUUGGAACCAAACAUCCUCGUUUCUAUAUCCGGUGAUCUUUGAGCUGCACAGGAAGCAAAAUGAAGCCCGUGUCAGGUGUUUGAUAAUUGGACAGAUUGAGAAAUGUAGCUCUAUUAACCAGGUUGUGCUGCAACAUGCCCCCAGUAAUAAGGUUGUGUUUACAUGAGUCAACGGCCAAAUUAUUCAUGUAAAAGUGUUUGACAUCCGGUCGGUGUGUCCACUGGAGUCCUGUCAUGCUCAGAUUGUCCUCUUGGCUGUGAGCUGGUGUUUUUAGUCGGAUGGAAGUGAUGCUGUGGAGGAAAGUGGCGACACACAGCUCUGUGUGUGUCGGUUGUAGCACUGAUGGAUUUUGUUUUGAUUUUAAUGUUCACUUUUGUCAAACAGAAAAAAGGCUCCUGCUGCAGUCCAUCACCACAGUUUAUAUCCUCUUCGGUCUGAUUUGAUUCUUUUAUCGUUACCCUCCUCUGAACCCAAACAUUAAGUGCCAAAAGACUCUGCUGUUGUACAUUUUACUUUCCUUGUUUUUCUUUCAAAAGGAAGUUGUAUAUAUGUAUAUUUGCUACCAACUGUUUGUGUACGACUUCAAAGUUAAUAAAAAUUAUGACUUAUUUUUAAUUAAA